AUGGCUUCGGCACGGCGCGCUGCACUCAAGCCUCUGGAGUCCUUGAAGUCACGUGAUCCUGCGCUCCGUGAAGAAGACGCUCUCCGCGUGCUAGAAAUUGGAGCGGGUUCAGGGGCCAACUUUGAGCACGUCACAAGAAAGAUCAAGUACACCAAUGUGGACCCCAAUCCAGAGUUCGGCGAAGUUUUCCUCAAAGAGCUCAACAACCACCCACAGGUUGAAUUGGAACGCUGGGUGCAGUGCCCCGGCGAAAACAUGGAUGACCUCAAGAAUGAACAAUUCGAUGUUGUAUUGUUCACCUAUAUACUGUGCUCAGUUCAAGAUGGAAGAAAAGUUCUUGAGGAAGCCAAACGAGUACUCGUGAAGGGAGGACACCUCAUUUUUUUGGAGCAUGUAGGUUUCCCAACAGGAACGUGGCCAAGGCUCGUUCAAGGCCUUUUAACACCGCUAUGGAAAAUUCUUUUUGCCAACUGCCAUCUCAACAGGGACUCUGCUAAGCUAAUAGAAGAUGCUGGAUUUUCUCACGUGUCAACCAAUUACAUUUAUGCUGACAUGUGCAGUCUCUUGAGUCGUCAGGUUUAUGGUGUUGCUAUUCCUUAG